AUGGCCCUCGCCAAGCUCCGGGGCAGGUCGCUGUCCCUCGUCAUCGGCAUUGUCGGCGCAUUGGCCUUUAUGCUCCAGGGCUACGAUCAGGCUGUCGCCAAUGGGCUGCUGACUGUCGAUUCCUUCAUCCAAACGUUCCCCCAGACAGACACUGUCAACACGAGCGGAGCCCAAAAAUCCCACAAUGCCACCAUCCAAGGGACGACCGUCGCCAUCUACGAGGUGGGCUGCGCUCUCGGCGCGCUUGCUUGCGCCAUCCUGGGUGACAAGCUCGGCAGACGCAAGACCAUCUUCCUUGCCGGAUGUAUAGUUCUCGUUGGAGUGGCCAUUCAGGCGAGCCCUUUCUCCCUGGGCCAGCUCAUCGCGGGGAGAGUCAUCACCGGUCUAGGAGUUGGUGGAUUCACAGCCACGGUGCCCAUGUACAUCUCUGAGGUGUCGAGAGCAGAGGCUCGUGGUCGUAUGGUCCUUCUGGAGGGUUGGUUCGCCAUCGGGGGUAUUGUUAUCGCAACCUGGCUGGAGUUUGGCCUCUACUACGUGAGAAACAGCUCGGUCAGCUGGCGUUUUCCGAUUGCGUUUCAAGCUGUGUUUGCCCUCGUCGUCGUGUCUUGUAUCAUGCUCCUGCCAGAAUCGCCCCGUUGGCUGGUCCGCCGUGACCGGCUGGAAGAAGCCUCGAAAGUAUUGGGGCGGCUGGAUGAUGUGCCGGUGGAGUCGGAGACCGUCGCACAAAAUAUGGAGAUUAUCCGACACGCGCUGAUGACGGAUGAGCGCCCUGGCGGAGGUGCGUCGAGCUCGCCCUUUGCGCUGACGGAGAACCGCCAUUUGCACAGGACGAUCCUAGCGGUGGGCAUCAAUAUCCUCGCGCAGAUGACAGGAGUCAAUAUCAUCACCUUCUACUCAGACACCAUCUUCCAGGGCGACCUGCAUUACUCGGGUACCAUUUCCCGUAUCAUCUCAGGCUGCCUGCAGAUCUGGCAGUUCUUCGCCGCCGGAUUGGCCGUUCUCCUGAUCGACCGAUUUGGUCGUCGGCGCCUGCUCAUAACUGCGGCGGCAGGGAUGGCCAUCGCCCAGGCUUGUCUGGCUGGUCUGUCGUCCGACCUGACCAACAAGGGAGCGGCGGGGGCGUCGCUGUUCUUUUAUUUCAUGGCGCUCUUCUGUUUCCCGAUCGGACUGUUCCUGGUCCCGUUCAUGUACGCGGCCGAGAUCGCGCCUCUGCGCAUCCGUGCCAAGGUCACCGCCAUGUCGGCAUCGGCCAACUGGCUCUUCAACUUCCUCCUGGCAGAGGUGACGCCGGUGGGGUUCGCCAAUAUCGGGUGGCGGUACUACAUCGUGUAUGCGUGCAUUAGCACAUUUGCCUGUCUCAGCGUCACCCUCUUUUACCCCGAGACCAAAGGUCGCACGCUGGAGGAGAUUGACGAGAUCUUCAUCCAGUCGCACUCGGUGUUCGACCCGGUGCGGAUCGCGAGGGAGAUGCCGUUUCAGACGGAUAUUUUGGCUCAGGUGGAGGACCCUGAAAAGGGUGUGAAAGAGAGGGAAAAUGUGUAG